UAUGGUAUUUUCUGGUAAGGCAACGAACGGUAAGGUGAGGUGAGGUGACCACUAAGACACCCAACAGAAACAAGACCCACUCAAGCGGUAUGAACCCACUAACUGCCCACUCAAGCACUACUGACAAACUCACUAACCACCCAUUCAAGCAGGUACACACCAGCCAGCCACCCAGUCAAGCAAGAGCACCACACCUGCCAACCAGCCUUCCGGUCCGGGUCAAGCAGGUUCUUACAUCAACCACAAAUUGAAGCAGCAUACUACCCACCCACACACUCGAGAAGGCAACACAUCCAGCCGCCCAGUCAAACAGGCUGAUCAUGUCACCCAAUCUGUUAGCAUGCCACACCCACCCACGUAGUACCUACUCCAGCAGGCCACAUUACUCCAGUUACUCUAUGCCGAAUGUGUCUAGUGCCAACUGUCUGCGCCGGGGUAGGCUCAUCACCCCAACCUCCCACUCAAGCAGGCAGUGCUAACGUCCAGCCAUAAGCAAGUUCACCCACCCUAUAACUGAACCAGCCAGCAGUGGUGAGUGACCCGCUGGGGUUGCCCUUGAGAUCCUCGGGGAAGGGCCACAGGUGCAGAGCCUGGGGGGCUAUGGGCGCACUUACCCGCUUUUCAACAAGCCCUUUUAACCCAGUGGUUAGUGGCUGGGUUUCUGACAUGGUAUCAGAGCCAAAGGUCUUGGGUUCAACUCCCGGUGCCAGCGCUGCAGAGGCGCUCGUGUCUUCCACCUAUCCCAGCGGGGGGGGGGGUGUUGAGUGACCCGCUGGGGUUGCCCUUGAGAUCCUCGGGGAAGGGCCACAGGUGCAGAGCCUGGGGGGCUAUGGGCGCACUUACCCGCUAUUCAAUAAGCCCUUUUAACCCAGUGGUUAGUGGCUGGGUUUCUGACAAGCAGGUCCCAACAGAACUCCCACCUCAGGUAGUUGCAUCGAGUAAUUUGUUCCCAUCCCAUACUAAUCAGUUGGAGUGUAACUUCCUUCCCAAACUUGUAUGUGGGUAUAAACUUAAGUUUUGCCUACUUACACCUCUAUACCAUUUUCCAUCACAUUGGUUGAAGGAAAUACAUUCUUACUGAAGGCUUUCUACAUCGCGUACUUUAGACCCUUCACGAAGCCAGCUUCGGGCCGGACUUCUCGAACCGAACCUUCCGUCCGUACCCAGACCUCUCGUCGACGUCUCACUACCCUUCGAUAUCAUUCCCGAACGAUGUCAUCUCACGACCAGGACAAGCUCUGGUGCUCCUAUAUAUUGCCUCGCCAUUUCAUUGCAUCUUCAGCUUCAUGAAUCACGGUUUCGACAUUCGGUUACGCGCUACUCUCUAGUUUCGUUCAUACCAUUAGGGGCCGUUGGAACUUAGACUCUAAAUCGUCGCCAUCCCUCCAUUCACCCAACCAAUCCAACUUCCACCGAGUCAUGGCAGCUCAACACGUUGCGCAGCUCUCUCCUCCCGCCAUUCCUGCUACACCCACCUACCAACGACAAGCAUUCCUCCGUUUAAGGUUUCCCGGAGCGGCAUUGGCGGGAGGUAGCGCGGGGCAGGAACGCGUAAGCAGUAAAGCUGUCAGGACCAGGCUUUCGCCUAUUGUAUUUUCAGCCGCAUUUAAAGACGUCAGAAGCAGCCCCGCAUCUCCCCGGCCAGCCUCAGUAGCCUCUCGCCGCUGGCGCGUGGUAGCGAACGCGAGGAGAGAAGGGGAGAGCGAAGGCGACAAGGAGAACGGCGACCGGAGUAGCGAAGGUAGCGAGAAGAACGCGGGGAGCGCGGAUGGCGGAGCAGCGGACGGCGCACCAGCGGGGGAUGCGGAGAUGCAGCAGCUGCUGGCAGACCUGGUGCAGCUGCAGUCGGACAAGGUGCGCGUGGAGUCAUUCGUGGAGGAGAGGUCGCAGCUGCUGACGGGGAUUGCUGAGUCAGCAUCGGCGGAGUAUGCGCGGAUAGCGGAAGAGGCGAAGAGGAGCAUGGAAGAGGCGAGCAGCAAGGUGCUGCAGCAGGUGGAUGCGGAGGCGGACGAAUUUGAGCAGCAGCUGGCGGCAGCGCGGGCGGACAUGGAGCGCAGCGAGCGCGAGUUUGAGGAGUUUGAGAAGUCGGUGGAGGAGCGCCGCAACUCGCUGCUCUUCUUCAAACAGCUCUACCGCCGACCCUCUGGCGACACACCUCCUGCUGCUGCUGCUCCGGGCUUCGAGCCUGCAAGCUCAGGCUCGGGUGGAUACAAGCAGGGCUGGGAUUCGUCAGACGACUCUUCGUCGUCCUCUUUCUCGCUGCAGCCGCUCUCUGGUUCACCCCCCUCCUCCUCCUCCGCUGCCCUCUCUGGUAGUUCCUCGCAUUCUUCCACGUCCUCCAGCCCGGCGCUCUCUCCCAAGGAGCAGGCACUGAAGGCAGUGCCUGAGCUGGUCUCAGCCAAUCAAAGGGCGGCGGCAUCACCGUUCCGUCGCAAGUUGUAUGCGGCUCUCGUCGCCUUAUCAGGGCUCUCUCUAGCCCAGGCUGUCACGCAUGAGCCCAAGGAGUGGCUGCAGGUGGCGGCCAGUGGGCUGGUGUUCUGUGCACUCCUGGUGCAAGCAGUGUAUGAACGAUCACUGGCAGCUGGUGGUGGGGAUGAUGGAUGCGAGAAUGGUGGCAAGGAGUAAAGCAAACACGAGACAAGCGAAGUGGGUCAGGGUACUGCAAUUAGUGUUACUUAUUGGUCUGUUUACUUGGCUUCGUUGUUGAGGGCAUUACAACAAGGCCGCCUUUCAACAAGUGUUACAGUAUUGAAAGAGUAAUGUCACGAAUGAGCUUAGUACCGUA